AUUUUCUGCAAUGCAAUUUGUAUAUAUACCAUGGAUUUCAAAGUCAAAUCAUUCAAUACAUUUUUGUAAUUCAAACAAAGUGUUGGAAAGUUAAUUUUUAAAAACAAAAAAAUCAUGAAAUUUUUAAUGAAAAUUUUACUUCCGGUGGUUCUUGUUGGCCUGUUUAAAGCAAACGCUUACGAGCAUUCAAAUCAAGCUGUGUGGUAUGAUGCUGAUGACGAGUGCUCACUUGAUCGUCAAUCACCAAUUGAAUUGAAUUAUCAUGAUGCUCACGAAAGCUCUGGCAUUCACCCAAUUUCCUUCAACAAUUAUAAUAUACCCUAUAUAACACCCUCUCGGAUAAAAAAUAACGGUCAUUCCGCCGAUUUGCAAUUUUCUAUGAGCAAUGUAGCUACAAUAUCAGGAGGACCAUUGCACAAUGACAUUUAUAUAGCCGAAUCCCUACAUUUCCACUGGGGAUCAGGCGAUAAUCAUGGCUCCGAACAUGUGGUUGGCUAUCUGCGUUACUCAAUGGAAAUGCAUAUUGUUCAUCGUAACAUGAAGUAUCCUACCGUUUCAGAGGCAGCACAACACUCAGAUGGUUUGGCGGUAUUGGGUGUAUUUUAUAAUGUUGAGCCCUCUGCAAAUAACUUUGAAGGCUUGAGUAAAAUUGAUGAAGCUUUGGGUGCCAUUCAACAAUACAAUAGUUCCACUUUGGUGAAUAACUUAAUCUUAGACAGAUUAUUUGAUGAUAUUGACAGAGAUGAGUUCUUCACCUAUAAGGGAUCUUUGACUACACCACCUUGUUCUCGGGCCGUUACCUGGAUUGUAUUCCCAGAACCUAUUGCCAUUUCUACACAACAAAUCCAAGGUUUCCGUUCAUUGUAUGAUAGUAAUGGAGAGCCAUUGGUAAAUAAUUAUCGUUUCUUACAAGCCAAGGGUACACGUCAAGUAUUUUUCCGCUCCAACAAUGAACUUUAAAUAUGAAAGAAGAAAUUUAAUGUUAUUUAUGACAAAAGCUGCAAUAUCUUAACUACUUUUAAAUAAAAUAUUUUAUCAAAAAAA